AUGACGACCCUGGGAGUCCGCAACGGAAAUGACCAGCUUUCAACCUUCCACCCUUGUCAUCCAAACACAUGGGUAGUUGUACCAUGCACUUUGGGCGACAAUAUACCGUCAGGUGAUCGUUGUGUAGCAUUGGGAUUCAACCCGAAAAUUACCCUAUGCUAUGAGCCCGACGAACGGUCCUAUGACGAUGACAUUCGCGACCUCGAGCAUGACUUGCAACAGGACCAGGGUCGAGGCGCCGGCUUUUCUUCGCAGACAGAACGGUACAUUGGACUCCCAGAUCAGAUUGUCCACGAAAGCCCGCCUUUAUAUUCAAUCAUCCGCAGAGUCUUUCAUUCUGAUCCAUCGCUCGCAAGAAUUCUCAUCGACGAAAUAAAUCGAUUACCAAGCAGAGAACGCGACUUUCUUGUUGCACAGGACAAUGAGUGUGUUGACGGAUCCUCGUCGACCCCCUCCAAGGCGGAUGAAGGGCCAUGCAAGAAGCGCCGAACCACAAGCAAAAGUACCAACAAAGGCACCAAAGACGACCGCCUGAAUGGUAACAGUGACGGUAGAGACGGUGAUGGCGACAAUGAUAAAGAGAGGGAUGGUGACGGAAACUCACUAACUACUACUACCCGAAGGAGGGAGAAGAAGAAUGCUGGUUGGGUUUGUCCAUAUCCACUUGUGUACCCUCGGAUGCGUAGUAUCUCGCGUUUCAAUCCUUGUUUCUCAGCCAACAUGAUUGAGAAGAAUCAAUGGAGAUCGCACUUGAUUACACACCAUUCUCCAGAAGUACAUGGAUGGGAGUGUAACUCGGAUAUGCCCGCGGAUUACUACAUGUCGGGGGACACUUACGAGGCUGUCAUGGGAGUAUUUAACAAAUACCUUAAGCGGCCUCGUGACAACCAAGAGCGGACUAACCAAUUGGAAGCCCUGUUUAAUGAGGUUUGGUGCAUCAUUUUUCCCAAAGACAAGUUUCCUGGUCUCCAGAAGCCUCGUUCACCUUUUCACAAUGCCGACAGUGAAUACGACAACAUGUCAGAGGCACUCACGGUGAUAUUGCUCAAAUCUCGAGCUGCUGACGGAGCUACAGAGUGGCUCAGUCGCUCCACUUCUGACACUCUAGAAACUGCUGGAGCCUCUUACAUGAACAAUACUGUAUCUAAGUCGUUGACUGAACACGAUGAGGAGGUGGCUGUCAACGUCGCUGCCGAUAUGGUACCACCGACACCCACAACUAUGCCCCCGAUGCCCCAACCGCAACCGGCCUCGGUCGGGCCAAAUACCAGUCAGCGGGUUCAGCUGUUCGCCAGUGGCACACUGCUACAGCUAAUGCCUAUUCCGGAUCGACUCGACAACCGCACUGAAAUAGCUUACCUCGACCUUCCGGCAACAUACUACAUUCAAACAAUGAGACCACUCCCAUCGCCACGUCCAACCAUGAACAAAGGCCCGAUUCCGAACCCGAACCCAGCUGAUCUUAUCCAGGGUGUUCCAGUGGCUCCGGACGAAGUCCUCUGGUCGCUAGAAGAGGCCAACUUUGAGAAUCAAGGAUUCUUCAUGCCGGCAAUGGAGGGCGAACAAAUGAUUGAUGGACAAUUUUCUACGACACUAGACUGA